AUGGAAAAACUGAAAGGCAACCAAGAGGCAGACACUGGCAAUACCAAUGGCAAUCGCAAUAGAAAUGCUAGUCCCAAUGCCAGGCCCAAUCCCAAUCCCUUCAAGCGGCCGAUGAAUGCGUUGCAGAAGCAAUGGUAUCGUGUACUGCUCGCCAGACGUGUGGGCUUCGGGCAAAGGCCUCCGCAGGAUGAAAAGGAGAUUACCUACUCUGACAUAUGCCAUAGACGCUAUGUGGCCGCUUUCCGGCGCUACAAUGAGCGUUUCCGCUGGGAAAUGUCAAUGCACGAGCAGAUGCAACGUUGCGCCAUCGACGCCAUGCGCGUUCACAGAACUUUUGCCAUAACGACCCUCUGGCUGCCAUUGCAUUCGAAGCGGGAAAUCAACUCGACGCUGGAGACCCUCGAAAAGGUUUUGACAGUUAAGGAAAGACGACGCCUCGAGGAGAUACUCAAACGUGGCGAAUCUCUGCGAACGCGACGUUGAGUCUCUGUCUUCAUCAUUGUGAGGAGAAACGCUUUCAAGAAUAGCACUUACACUUCCUCUACACCUGCUCUCUUUGCUAAACUUGAUUUUCAGUUUGCCAGACAGUUUUCACGUUUCGCAAAAUUGCUUUUUCUGUUGAUGCUUUAUCGUA